AUGGGUGGCACCAUUGUCCCCGCUUCUGAUCGCACACUAUGGAAAAAGCGGUCGGGCAACGACAAUGAGACGAACAUCUAUUUGCAGAUCUCGAAAGAUAUUCUCUGCUCCUUUACGCCGAAAUUCUAUCGGGAGGUCGAAUAUAAAGGCGAAGUUUUUAUUGAAAUCGAAGAUCUCACCCAGCGUUUUAGCAACCCUGCUAUAAUGGAUAUAAAAAUGGGAACGAGGACAUUUUUGGAAUCAGAAGUCACCAAUCCAAUGAAACGACACGAUUUGUACAAGAAAAUGAUCAGUCUCGAUCCCGAGGAACCAACUGUCGAAGAAAAAGCAGAAGAAAGCAUAACAAAACUUAGAUAUAUGCAAUUUCGAGAAAAUGAAAGUUCAACGGCCAUGUAUGGAUUUCGAAUCGAUGCAGUAAAGGUCAUUCCUUAG